UUUUUCAAGAUUUUUUUGUAAAAUUUAACUUCUUUUCGUUUUAGCUUAUUUCCUUUGACUACAAUUAUUCGAAUUUUCUUUUUAUUAUCGACCAAUGAGUUUAUUUGAAGGACCAGCUGUUGUUGUUUCAAACGAUAUUUCAAAAGGCAAAGCAAAAUAUCCAAUUAAAGUAAUUAAUUCAAUUGACAAACCGCCAAUAUUUCUAUCGUUUGAUUAUCGUUCAGAACCUGUAUUUUCUGAUGUUUUGCAAAAUGAGCUUCCAUCGAGACAAUUUUGUCAAUGUUCGGAUCAAUGUUCUGCUGCCAAUGGUUGUUUAUGUAUAAAUAUGAGUUCAAUUAAAUUAAGCAAAUCUGGACGUAUCGAAAAUGUUGAAAAAUUAAAUGGGAAUCCUUUCAAUUUUUCUUUUUAUGAAUGUUCUGAUGAAUGUGGAUGUGCUGGGAAAUGUAAAAAUAAUUUGGGAGGAAAUCAACAAAAAUUUAAAUUUGAAAUUUUUCGAAAAUCUUGUGCUGGUUAUUCUUGCAAAACUUUGAAACAAAUUAAAAAAGGAAGUUUUAUUUGUUAUAUGGCUGGAGAAGUUUUGUCUUCAAAUAAUAAUAAAAUAUCAGAAAAUUUUAGUUUUACAUUCAAAGACGAAACUCGCCAAUUUUCUUUUACAAUUAAAAUGGAUAAAUUUGCAAAUGAAUCGAGAUUUUUUAAUAGUUCUUGCUGUCCUAAUUUAAUGCCAAUAACUGUUUAUCGUAAAUGGAUAACUCCAGAGAGGCCGUUUAUUGCUUUUGUUGCUAUUAAUGAAAUUGAUGUUGGGGAUGAACUUUGUUUUUAUUAUGGUGAUUAUUGGAUAUAUAGAAAAUUGUUACAAAAUCCAAAAUUUUUCUGUUAUUGUAAUUCACAAUUUUGUGUUUGGCCGCCUAGAAGAGAAGAAAUUAAAGAACCAGAAAAAUUUAUUAAAAAAAUUAAAAAACAAAUAAAUUGUCAAAAUGAAGAAUUGAAAAUUAAAUAUUUGGGGAAGAAAAAGAAAAAUUUGGAAAUUAAUGGAGAAAAUGAAGGAGAAGGAGAGGAAAAUGAGUAG